UGUCCUGUAUCGAGGGAAUCAUUAUACCAAAUUAUGCCUCUAAGGACCAUAAGUUUCGUUCCGAAUGUUUUGGUUUGGUUGAACUCUCCGAAACUCAGAAAUAUCAAUUAAGUAGGUAAUUCUACUUUGAUAAGUUUAAUUUAAUAUUAGAUAUCCACUUAUUUAAUUGGAGUUCAUAUUAUUCAUGAUCACGUAGCUAAAGUAAGGUCAGUAGGUCAUCGCGUACAAACAUCAACCGCAUACAGAUGCGGACAUUAGGUAUCUGAUUGUUAUAAAGUUGAUAAACUAGUUAACUAUGUCGUCGAUAACAUUACCUACACCGUUAUCUCUGCUUCUUAGUCUACUCUGUUACAUAACUUCUCGAAAGAUGUAAAUAACACCAAUGAUUUAUUACACCAAUGUGCCUCAGUAAUAUAAAUAAGUUUAAUCAGUAUAAAAACAGCGCUUGAAGAAUUCACAUCACAAAUAUUCUAUAGAAGAUACAAGAUGAAAAUAGUAAUAACAGGAGCCGCUGGGUUUCUUGGCGCUCGGCUGGCAAGAGCCUUACUGGCCCCAAACUCCGCAUUGCCUGUCUCCGAGCUGGUGCUCGUAGAUGUGACGGCGCCGACUCCACCUCCUGCCAGCAUACCAGUGCGGGCCCUAGCACUGGACCUAGCCGCACCGGGUGUCGCAGAACAAAUCAUCGAGUCCGAUACGGCAGUGUUCUUCCAUCUAGCGGCCAUCGUCAGCGGGAACGCGGAGAAAGACUUCGACUUGGGAUUUCGCGUUAAUUUCGAUGCGACCCGCGCGCUGCUGGAGGCGGCACGGCGCCGCGCUUCGGACCUGGUAUUCGUCAUGACUAGUACUGUGGGGGUGUACGGUGGAACGUUACCGGACGCGCCGGACGAGGACUUCGCACCGAUGCCGCAGACGUCGUACGGUUGCGCCAAGGCGAUGGCGGAGCUACUGGUGAGCGAGUACGGGCGGCGCGGCUGGAGCGACGCCCGCGUAGUUCGUCUCCCGACGGUCUCGGUACGCGGGGGAAGCGCCAACACCGCCAUUUCGUCUUUUGCGAGCGAUAUCGUCAGAGAAACGCUCGAGGGCCGCGAAGCGACGGUGCCGGUGCCCCCGGAGCUGUGCAUGUGGCUGACGGGUCCGGCGACGGUGGUGCACAACUUGGUUUACGCGGCGACGCUGCCGGCGACCGCCUGGAAGGAGCGGCGCGUGCUGGCGCUGCCGGGGCUGACGGUGCCGACGCGGGAGCUGGUGGCGGCGCUGGGCCGCGUGUGCGGGCCGCAGUGCGCGGCGCGCGUCCGCUGGCGGCCCGACGCGGCGCUGGCGGCCAUGCUGGCGUCGGUGCCGGCGCGCCUGGACGCGCGGCGGGCACUCGAGCUCGGCUUUCGCGAGGACAAGAGUUAUGACGACCUCAUCCGCGAGUACAUACGGGACGACCUCGGCGGCCGCAUACCCACGUAGCCACAUUUCAAUUGAUUUAAAAAAAAACUAAGAUUUUUCAAUAAUUGGUUUAUUUAUUCAAAAAUAAAGAUGCUCAAACCAGGGAUCGGAACCGGUUUUUCGCAAAAACAUCGAAAUAACCAUAUAUUUCGGUUUAUUUUAUACUCAAAAUGUAGGAGUCAGUUGUGUUUUUAGAUAACGACUUCGUAUUAUUAGAUUGCCCGAUUAGGAAUGAAAUAAUUAACAAAGAACGAAAAAAUACCGUUUUCGUUCCCAUACAAAAAAUACCGGUUUCCGAUCCCUGGCUCAAACAAAUGUAACUUU